UGUCAUACUUGGCUCCUCCUGUGCCGUGAUGUUCUUGACUGCACACCUACCUUUUAUUCUCCAGCUUCCCCUUUAAUUGUGCUGCAACUGCUCCCCUAGUGAGUCGGAGAGAGUCUGCGGCCCAAUGGAAGGACAGGUCGAGAAUGCUGGGAAUGUUGAGUGAAGCCUUGAAGCCAGUGAGGCUGUGAUGGGAGACCUGACAUUAUAAAGGCUCUACUCUCCAGGCCUUCCGAAUUGAACAGGGUAAAUAAUGCUGUAACCAAGGGCUGCAACAGUAGGAGGGUGCUUACAAGGCUGUAAUAUCACGCACGUUUCUACCUUGAGCCACGUCUCAUCAAGAGAGCUCUCUCCCAGUAGAUUGCUGAAGGAGGCAGAAAACCCAUCCAAGAUGUAUGGCAGUGCGAGAACAGUCGGGAAUAUGGAGGGCAGUCCCGCAAGGUCCCCUCGCUUGCCGAGGUCUCCCCGACUUGGGCACAGGAGAGCCAACAGUGGCAGUGGGGGAGGCGCUGGCAAGACGCUGUCUAUGGAAAACAUCCAGUCUCUGAAUGCCGCCUAUGCCACCUCUGGACCCAUGUACCUGAGUGACCAUGAAGGGGUGGCCUCCACCACCUACCCAAAAGGCACCAUGACUCUGGGCCGCGCCACCAGCCGUGCCAUGUAUGGUGGCCGGGUCACCGCCAUGGGGAGCAGCCCCAACAUCGCCUCCGUGGGUCUCCCCCACUCGGAGAUCCUCUCUUACGGUGACCUUGCCAUGCACCACCAUGCCCACCACCAGGUGCCCGCUGCCCUGCGCCAGGUACGUGACAACGCCAUGCUGGACCUGCAGUCCCAGCUCAAGGACAUGCAGAGGGAGAAUGAGCUGCUCCGGAGGGAGCUGGAUGUCAAGGACAGCAAGCUGGGCUCCUCCAUGAACAGCAUCAAGACCUUCUGGAGCCCUGAGCUGAAGAAGGAGAGGGUGAUGCGGAAAGAAGAGGCCUCCCGCAUGUCUGUGGUAAAGGAACAGAUGAGGGUGACCCAUGAAGAGAACCAGCACCUGCAGAUGACCAUCCAGGCCCUGCAGGACGAGCUGCGCACGCAGAGGGACCUGAACCACCUGCUCCAGCAGGAGAGCGGCAACCGCGGUGCCGAGCAGUUCACCUUCGAGCUCAACGAGGAGAACUUCCGCCGGCUGCAGGCCGAGCACGACCGGCAGGCCAAGGAGCUCUUCCUCCUGAGGAAGACCCUGGAGGAGAUGGAGCUGCGCAUCGAGACCCAGAAGCAGACCCUGAACGCCCGCGACGAGUCCAUCAAGAAGCUGCUGGAGAUGCUGCAGAGCAAGGGGCUGCCCUCCAAGGCCAUGGAGGAGGAGGGAGAGAGGGCCCGCCGAAUGGUGGAGGCCGAGUCGCAGGUCGGCCACCUGGAGGUCAUCCUGGACCAGAAGGAGAAGGAGAACAUCCACCUACGAGAGGAGCUGCACCGGAGGAACCAGCUGCAGCAGGACCCGGGCAAGACCAAAGCGCUCCAGAGCGUCAUAGAAAUGAAGGAUACCAAAAUUGCAUCACUAGAGAGAAAUAUAAGGGAUCUCGAGGAUGAGAUUCAAAUGCUGAAGACAAACGGAUUGCUAAAUACUGAGGACAGGGAAGAGGAAAUGAAACAGAUGGAGGUCUACAAGAGCCAUUCCAAGUUUAUGAAAAAUAAGAUUGACCAGUUGAAGCAAGAACUAUCAAAAAAGGAAUCAGAACUCCUUGCCUUACAAACAAAGCUUGAGACACUGAACAAUCAGAACUCAGACUGCAAGCAACACAUUGAGGUGCUGAAAGAGUCUCUCACUGCCAAAGAACAGCGAGCGGCCAUCCUUCAGACAGAGGUUGACGCUCUGAGAUUACGGUUAGAAGAAAAAGAAUCAUUCCUCAACAAGAAGACCAAACAACUCCAGGACCUUACCGAAGAGAAGGGGACGCUGGCUGGGGAGAUUAGGGACAUGAAAGACAUGCUGGAAGUCAAGGAGAGGAAGAUUAACGUCCUUCAGAAAAAGAUCGAAAACCUCCAGGAGCAGCUCAGAGACAAAGACAAACAGCUGACCAACCUGAAAGACAGAGUGAAGUCACUGCAGACAGACUCGAGCAACACGGACACUGCCCUGGCUACACUGGAAGAGGCGCUGUCUGAAAAGGAAAGAAUUAUCGAACGACUGAAGGAACAACGGGAGCGAGAGGACCGGGAGAGGCUAGAGGAGGCCGAGUCCUAUAAAAAGGAAAACAAGGACCUGAAGGAGAAGGUUAACACUCUGCAGGCUGAGCUGACGGAGAAGGAGUCUAGUUUAAUUGACUUGAAAGAACAUGCGUCGUCUUUAGCUUCGUCUGGCCUGAAAAAGGACUCCAAACUCAAAUCCCUGGAGAUUGCCAUAGAGCAAAAGAAGGAAGAGUGUAGUAAGUUGGAAACACAAUUGCAAAAGGCUCAUGAAGCAGAGGAAGUGGCGAGGACGAACCCGGAGGUCAUGGAAAAGGUCAAGCUCCUGGAGAAAGAGGUGGCUUACUACAAGGAUGAGUCGGGGAAGUCCCGCGCUGAAGUGGACCGGCUUCUGGAGAUUCUCAGGGAAGUGGAGACGGAAAAGAGUGACAAGGACAAGAAGAUAGCGGAGCUAGAAAGACCUGGCUUGACUUCCAGACAAGCAAAGGACCCAAACAAGAAGGCGACUAACCUCAAGCACAACCAGCCAGUGGAGAAGAAACCAGGCCUGACGGACAGCAGUCAGCACCUACAACUGGAGGAGCUGAUGAAUGCCCUGGAGAAGACCAGGCAGGAGCUGGACGCCACAAAGCAGCGUCUCUCCUCCACCCAGCAGUCCCUGGCCGAGCGGGACGGCCACCUCACCAACCUGAGGCAAGAGCGCCGCAAACAGCUGGAGGAGAUCCUGGAGAUGAAGCAACAAGCCCUGCUGGCAGCAAUCAGUGAGAAGGAUGCCAACAUUGCCUUACUGGAGCUGUCUGCAUCCAAGAAGAAGAAGACCCAGGAGGAAGUGAUGGCACUGAAGAGGGAGAAGGACCGGCUGAUGCACCAGCUGAAGCAGCAGACUCAGAGCCGGAUGAAACUGAUUGCGGACAACUACGACGAUGACCACCAUCCUCCUCAUCACCUUCAUCAUCCUCACCAUGCCCACCCCCAACACCCUCAACAUGUCCAACAUCCCCACCCCCAACACCCACCACAUCCCCACCCCCAACAUCCACCACACCCCCACCCCCAACAUCCACCACACCCCCAGCACGCUCCCCACCCCCAACACCCACCCCACCCCCAGCAGCCCCCGCACCCACAUCACCGUGGCCCUGCCCGUGGCCCACCCCAUAGCAACCAUCGUCCUUCUCCUGAUCAGGAUGAUGAGGAGGGCAUUUGGGCGUAACUGUUUCCGUGAACCAAAGCUCCAGUUUUGUUCUGAGGGAUGAUCCAGUCACCAUUGGAGAAACAGCCAUGGCACCAAGCUGAAACCGUACUUUGAUCACUUCACCAGACUUUGCAUACAACAGGAUCCAAACAUCUGAGGAGGGUCUUUAUCUUCACCAAGCCCUGAGGAGGAGGAGGAGGAUAAGUGCAAGUGGGUGGCCAGGCAAGGAGGCCAGAAGAUGAGCAGCUGAUGGAGGAGGGGGACAGGGUUGGAAGACAGGGGCGGGGCACCUCACGGUGCUCCCUCCUACACACAUUCUCAGACGACCACCUCGACUCCCAGGAGGAAGAGCCCCAACCCCCAUGAAGCCCCAGCCAGGAGCACCACUUGCACUUGUCCUGUGUGAAACCCUGUGACUAGUGCAACACAUCAGCCAUGUUCUCCUCAGUAGUUUAGCACAGGAGGAAUCCAUUUCACUUCCCCUGGCUUCACUAAGAUACAUGCCCUUCCUCAGAUGUUUCGAAAACAAAAAGUGCCAUACACACGGUUUCUGACUGGGUUGUGUUUGCGUUCAUGUUGUUACCCAUGGGCAUCUUACUUCUGGAGGGCUUUGGUUUCUUCCCCAGCUGCUUGCCUUGUGUUCUACAUCAUAACGGGCAAGAGGCAUAAGAUCAGGGCAGGCUGUAUGUGUCUCAAAUCAGGGUGGCUUCUUAACCUGUUUCAGUGAAAGGCAUCUCGGAUAUCUUGAUUUUGCAUGCCUUAACGGAAAUGGGUGGGAGCCUCCCUUGAUCCUUCACUUUGCCUCACUUUACCCCGCCCGCGUCAUCCGGUUAUCCGGAAUCAGAAGUAGUUUCCAAUCCCGUCUAUGCAGUCUUUGUAGUUAUUGCCAACUCUUUUUUCUUAAUCUUAGGACUUUUUAUAUGCAUACCUGUCGAAACACUCAUCUUCAUUGCGAUAAAACACCCUGACCUCGCCGUUGUAGCCGCAAAUUACUUCUUAAGAGUACGUGACGAUCAGGAGGUGUUCCCCUUUGUCUCUUGGACCCUUCAGAUUUUUUCAGCUAUUGGUGCUGCUCACAAAAUGCAAGGGAUUGGGUCACAAUAAAAAGCCAUGUUUUCAUCAUAUUAUCGCAAAAAAAAAAAAAUUAGAAAAGCAUACACAGUUGCAUUCCUAAUGCAGCUGAAAAUGUAUUUACUUACUUUAGUUCUGCUCUUCUUAUUUCUUCAGGUUUUUUUGUCUUUUUUUAAAAGCAUUGCUUAUAGCGUGUAUGCUGUUUGGCAAACUAAAAAAGUCAGAAUAGGCAGAACAAAAAUGAGCCUCUUGGUUGCCACAGUGAGGCUUUUUUUUCACCUCUCUUGGCUUUCCAAAGGCAGACUGUCUGUCCCAGCUCUGGUAAGUUUCUGAAUGCUUAAUUGAUACAAACUGAGCAGCUCAGUUUAAGUGACUUCUAUUGUCCCUCCGAACAAGGUGGUAUGUGCCUCUGAAAUACUUUGUGUCUAUCUCUGGUCAGAUAUACAUAUGUAUGAACAUAGAGAUGAAAGUGUCUUUAGGUUUUGUUGUUUUGGGUUCUUUAAACUCGCCCAGGAAAAAAGAAUAAAAAACAUACGUGAGUGUUGAUUAAUGCAUCCUGAAGAGUUACCCUCUGAAAGUGAGCAAAUGAAUGAAUGUGUCCAAGAAAUCUCUGAUUGAUGUCAUUGAUGUAACUCUGCACAUGCCAGUGCAAAUUAAUGGUUUUCAAUAGGUGUGACAGAUUAUUAUUUUUGUUUUUUGGAGAAAAAAAAAACGGAAUGAAUUGCUGAUACACAUUAUUUAGGCAUUUGAGCAUUUGGUGAAGUGAAAGAUCUUUAGCAUUUUUGAGGAUUACUCUUUAACUUUGAAAGCUUGCUGCGUCUUGCUGUGUCGUUGAUUUGAACCUUCAGAGCAUGCAUUGGGCUCCAGUUGAGCCAUUGUGUUUACAGGGCAGGCUGCUGUGGGUAGAGAUUUCUAGUACUUUAUUCCAGCCUUGUCCUUAUAUGAGAGUCCAGUCAAAACUGCCACUGGAUGCUUAUCUUUGUCUUCAUGUGUGCAAAGGACAUUGCACCAUUGGAGAUUUGCAUUUUCAUUAUAUGGUGAAACUACAGUUGAAAAAGAAAAAAAAAACAUAAAUACAUAUAUAGGUUGUGUUGAGAUCAUUUAGCACAGCAGACAACAAUUGCACUUCUGAAUAAGGAUGUCAUCUUUAGGAUAGCAUCUUUAAAGUGAGAAUUUAGAAGACUCCAUGGCUGAUGCAUUGCCAACUUUUUAAUCUUGCCAUUGUCAUGCUCUCUUCAUUGCUCAAAAUCUCUAUGCAGUGAUGCCAUUACUGCUGAAUGUGCAGACUUAAUGUAUGCGGGUAAUGCAGGAAGUGUGUCUUCUCAUGGCAGGGAUUGCCAUGAUGAAGCUGAAUGUGUUUAAUUCUUCCGUUAUAACGGUGGUUCUGGUUUAUAUGGAGUAGAGUGAAUGUCAGCAUAGAUCUCAGUUUUAUAUGUAUCCUUUGUUCCUUGUGAGUAUGAUAUGUAUACAUAAAGUACUCUCAGAUAAGACUCGGAAAAUCCUGAACUCAUAAGUUACGAGGUUUGAAUCACAUGUUUUUACUUUAUUAAAAAAUGAGAAUGAUGAUAAUGACUUUUAAGAGAAUGGUGAGAAUCAUGGCAGAAUGUGAAUGCACCAAGCUUAAAAAGUUGGCACUGCUGGUUAAGGAGUCUUGAAAGCAUCUACUUUAGUCUGGGGAUAAUGUCCUCUAUUAUCACAUCCUUAAUAUAACUACUGAAUACUUGAAGUAGGGUUCUCCUACCAUGUAACGCAUAUACAUAGUAGACAACUUAAUAUAAGAAGCAAUGUGCAGAUGCAAGUUCUUUUUAUGUAAUGUGCCAAUUUUGAACAUUGUUAUACAGACUAGAAGUCGUUUCAGUUCUGUUGACGUAGUCAAUCUAUUACUGGGAUUCACAAAGAUCGCCUUUAAAAAAAAUGGGGAUAGGUUCAUUAUAAAAAUUUAGAAACAUUCUCUUUGGUUUUCCAAAAUGCAAAUCACUGGGUUAAAUGAACACUGUGACACAUGGACACAUUUUGAUUGACCAACUACUGAACAUUCAAUUCUUACUUUUUUUUCUUAUUUUAUUAAAUUGUCAUUUCCUUUUUUAUUCACAAAAGUAUCAGUCUGUGUGGGUUUUUCUAUAUUUUAAACAAGGUGCUGUUCAAUUAUGGAUUGCACUGUUCUGUAUGUGAUAUUUUCUGUAUACUUUGCAGAUAUUUAUUUAUUUAUUUAUUUAUUUAUUUAUUUAUUUAUUUAUUUAAUAUCUCGCAAGCACGUCACAGCUAGAUAAAUGACUUUCAUCAGGAAACAUGGGGUCAUUUUUUAUGCAUUGUGUUUUCUGGUGCAGGCCUUGGUCAUGCUGAUAGGAUGUACAAUGUCAUUGUGUGACGUGUUGUUUGAAUGUGAUGUGCCGCGAUAUUGGAUCUGCUCUUUCCCGGUGUUUCUUUGGACCCUCGAUUGAUAAUGUACAAUUUUCUUAAAAAGCGUGUGGCAUGUUUGGGUUGUAUUAUUAAAUAUAUGAUGAGGAUUUUGAUAUGGUACCACAAAAAUAAUGUCCUCAAAGACUUUAACAUGGGCAUGUUAUAGGCAGUUACCAUUAAUCAGUGUGUCUUGUAGGUUUGUAAACUGAGAGGUGUCUAGAAUUCCAAAUAUUGUUACUAUGUGUAUCAGAAUACUUAGUGUUGGCCAGCUUGUUUAUAUUCAAUCAAUAAAGGUGACUUUUCUUUCUGA